GCAGCCGCUGCGAUCGGCAACAACUGGUGCGAGCAAGGAAGAGCGCGAACGGAACAAAUCGCUGCAAUUCGAAUUUUAAUAGCUCUCGUUGCUGCUUUGGAGCCAGUAGGUUGGUGUAACUACAGCACACGGAGCCAUCUGAAGUUCUCAUGAGAUCUACAUCCGCAGCAGUUCGAAUCUACACCUGCGUCGAGCACGGACGAAAGAAGUUUUUACUUCAAGUUGAUUCUGGUCCUCUGGACACAAACCUCAAAUGGUGAUGACGAAUGAAUACAAGAAGGAAAGUCACGUGUUGUUAUUACUUUCGUUGAGAUAAACUUCAUACCAGUACGGGAUGAACCUUGUUUGAUCUCCGAAACAAUUUCGGCGCAAUGAGAGAGACUGGUGAUAUAUUGAUGAUAGUAGUCGGCACAGUUCUGUUGGUUUUAGGGAUCUCCAUGGGUAUGUACGUCUAUAUUUAUGAGUUCUACACCUUGGAGAAGAAAGGGAAAUUUUCAGGCUCAAGCAAACCAGAAGUGACUCCUGGAGGCCUGUCAAUUUUGAACAGUCACACCACCAGAAAUUCCUCAAUAACUUAACACAAUACGUUAAGAUAAGCUUUAUAGACAGAGGUACAGGAGUAUGACUAACUCUCUACACUGCAAUCGUGUUUACAUGAUUACAACAGAUACAAAAGUGUGCAAUCACGCUUGCCUUUUGUAAAGGUGGUUGUAGAGAACCCUAUUGGCAAGCUGAUGGACGUAAUCCAGAUAAUUCAAAUACAUGAGGUCCAGAUGGAAUAAGGGCUAUGCUUUCCCUCUUUAGGAAGUCAGACUAUAUCUGUGAUGGUGAAAGCAUGAUCAGAAUAUAAGAAAAAGUCUGCAAUGAGCUAUAAGAGUUUCAUGAAUGCGAAAAU